AUGCUGCGGACCAAUAGCAUGUUCUUAUUAUUGGGACGGACAAUAAGGGCAGAAUUUUAUUGGCUGUUCCUGCUGGUUACUACCAGUUGGACUUGUCAGACGGCAAAUGCAAUCUUGCCCACGGCAGAAUUGGUGCUAUCGGUUCCUCAGUCGGAUGGUUCUACUUCCAGCAUUUCAUUCUUGACGUCUCAGGCCAACUUUGGAGGACACUUAUCAUCAUCAGACGCGGAAGACAAUGAUGAAUCAUCAUCGUCAUCUGAGCAUUCUUCGUAUUCGUUGAAAAUCACUGACUCGCUCUUGUGCAUGAAUGAGACGACUUCUUCUGAAUUUACGGAUUCCAUAGUGCUGGUUCCAAGAGGAGAAUGUACUUAUCAGCACAAGGCAUACAUGGCCGAACAAAUGGGAGCCAAAGGCAUUGUCAUUUACAAUACUUUGGCCAGUCGGUACAGCCUGAAUACUACGACUACUACUACUACAACUGCUACUGAUGAUGCUACUGCCACCACUACUGCUAAGGAUAUUCUCUUUCCUCAGCCAUUUUACGAUUAUGAUUGUCCCUUGGGGUCCGCAGAUAUUCCAACGAGCGAAAUACAAUUCACCAAUGAUUUCCAAUAUGAUGCAGCACACAAUGACCCGUUGCUCAGUGGAGAUACCGACACCAAUUUGUGCAAACUUCAUAGUGCCGACAAAUUGGCAAACUGUCCAUCGAAACGUUGUCUCUUGACCAAUUAUACUUCCAGCGAAGCUACAACAAAAGCUUGUUGUGCUUGGGAUUUGCAUCUAUGGCUGUAUGGAGACGAUUCCAAUUUGAAUGUGCAAAUUCCAGCGGUCUUUGUGACCAUGGAACAAGAAUCAACCAUUCAAGAAUUGCUCUCAAAGCAUGGCAACGAUACCUCCGCCAUAUUGAAGGCACGGUGGAAACCAACCUACAAUCCAUCCUCCUUUUUGGUAUGGCUCUUGGGUGUCGUAGUGGCAGCCGUUGCAGCGUAUCAGAGUGCCGGGGACUAUCGGAUUGGCAUUGCCAAAUUGCUCCGACGUCAGCAACUUCAACAGCAACAACCAUCUAAUGAUUCAGCAGCACAACAAGAGCAGGAGUCAUCGUCCGAACCAUUGGCCCGACGAAAUCCAAUGCAAGAAGAAACAGUCGAACUGGAACCCAUUCAUGCGAUUGGAUUCAUUCUCAUGGCGAGUACUAGUCUAUUCAUUCUGUUCUAUUUCAAGAUUUACAACUUUGUCAAGGUCUUUUAUGCGUUUGGAUGCAGCAAUGCCGUCGUUCAAGUGUUGGUUUACCCCAAUCUUGCUAGACUCUUUGCCAAACUGGGCAUGAAGGAACGAACCCUGUACAAUUCGGAAGAAUUCGGAAAGAUUUCCAAUUGGCACGUGGUCAGUGCUGUCUUGUCAUAUGCAUGGGGAAUGGGUUGGUUGUACAUGGCACUCUUUGUCCGUCGACCAGAUGGGUAUUUCUUCUACUGGCUUACCCAAGAUGUAUUUGGUGCUUGCAUGUGCAUUGUCUUUCUUUCCAUUAUUGAAAUCAACUCGAUUCAAGUCGCUACCAUUCUAUUGAUUGUGGCCUUUUUCUACGACAUUUUCUUUGUCUUUAUCACUCCCUACCUCUUCAAGGGGGAAUCCAUCAUGGUGACGGUCGCGACUUCCGGGGGUCCACCCAAGAAGGAUCCAUUGUGGUGUGAAAAAUAUCCAUCCGACGAGGACUGUCAAGGUGGUGAUCCACUUCCAAUGCUCUUUGCGAUUCCUCGACUAUUUGAUUAUCAAGGAGGGUCCAGCCUCUUGGGACUGGGUGAUAUUGUCUUGCCUGGACUAUUGCUGAGCUUUGCGGCAAGAUUCGAUGCCGCCAAAGCACUGGUCGGUAUUUCCAGCGGAGGUCAAGCUUCGGGGGUUAUUGAAUGCACUGGAAGUGCCGGUGGAUUCCUUGGCUCGGUCUCACAAGGACCCUACUUUGUUCCACUUGUCAUUGCAUAUGCCAUUGGAUUGAUGAUGGCAAACGUGGCGGUAUACGUCAUGGAAAUGGGACAGCCAGCACUACUGUAUUUGGUGCCCUGUACACUGGGAACCAUGACGUACCUUGGAUGGAAACGGCAAGACCUUCGGGCGCUCUGGGAGGGUCCAAAGGUUCUACAGUUGGCGGAUUCUAUUGUCUAUGGAACACCACAGUCAUCCAAUCCUUCACAGAUACCAAUGGAAGCAAUCAGUCAACGAGACGACAUGCCUGAAGACGGAAUCGAACGAGUACCCGCCACGACCGCCGUCAGCAACUCGGAAGCAGCAGACGACGAAGCCGGGCCACUAUUGACUUCGGCUUCUUCAAAGAGAAGUUUGGAUUGA